AUGAAAAACCAGACAAAACCCCAAACUCAAGAAAAAAAUCUUCAGAAUCAAGAAAUUGAUCCAAACGAUCCAUUUGGAAUUGGACUAGUUCCAUACCAUCCCGAUUUAAUUACUUUCGAGUAUACUGGUGAUGAAAAUCUUCUUUUAGAUUUUGUUGAGCCAGAGGAUGAGGAUUUGGAUUACCAGUGCUAUAACUGUAAAAGAGCGAAGUACGAAGAAAAGAAAAGGAGACGAAGAGAAAAUGUUAAAAGAAAAAGAAGAAAUUAA